GAAUCGUAGAAAGAAGAAAGAGGUUGAGCGUCCUAUAAAGCGUGAACCAAAGCUGUAUCUGUGUGGGUGGGGUAAAGUCGUGAUCAGUCAUCCGGAUCUGAAUCAUAGACAUGGCGGCCGAGAAGGAGCGCAAAUCUUCAGCGGUCUCCGACAUGGGAGCUUGGGCAAUGAAUGUGAUCAGCUCGGUCGGGAUCAUCAUGGCCAAUAAACAGCUUAUGUCUUCUUCUGGUUUCGCCUUUAGUUUCGCAACGACUCUUACCGGAUUCCAUUUCGCUCUAACCGCAUUGGUCGGUUUCGUCUCGAACGCGACGGGACUGUCCGCAUCGAAACAUGUCCCCAUGUGGGAGCUAAUCUGGUUCUCCCUCGUCGCUAAUGUCUCAAUAGCCGCCAUGAAUUUCAGCCUCAUGCUCAACUCGGUGGGUUUUUACCAGAUCUCGAAGCUGAGCAUGAUCCCUGUCGUCUGUGUCAUGGAAUGGAUCCUCCACAACAAACGUUACUCAAAACUAGUGAAACUAUCGGUCGUGGUUGUUGUUGUAGGUGUUGCGAUUUGCACUGUCACUGAUGUCAAAGUUAACGCCAAAGGUUUCGUUUGCGCUUGCGUUGCCAUUUUCUCUUCCUCUUUGCAACAGAUUUUGAUUGGUUCCUUGCAGAAGAAGUACUCUAUUGGCUCUUUUGAGCUGCUGAGUAAAACUGCUCCCAUUCAAGCUCUUUCGCUUCUCCUUGUUGGCCCUUUUGUUGAUUAUCUCCUCAGUGGCAAGUUCAUUAUCAACUACCCUAUGUCUUCUGGUUGCUUUCUUUUCAUCAUUCUCUCAUGUGGCUUGGCUGUAUUCUGCAACAUAAGCCAGUACCUUUGCAUCGGGCGAUUUUCAGCAGUAUCGUUCCAGGUUAUAGGUCACAUGAAAACAGUGUGCAUCCUCACACUGGGAUGGCUACUAUUUGAUUCUGCAAUGACUUUUAAAAACGUGUCGGGGAUGAUUGUUGCGAUUGUUGGGAUGGUGAUCUACAGUUGGGCCAUGGAAUUGGAGAAACAGGCGAACCUUCUGGCAGCAAAGGCUGUGAAACACAGCUUUACAGAAGAAGAGUUUAAAUUUUUGAAGGACGGUGUAGGAGAAGAAACUACACAGUCACAGAGAGAUGUUGAACUUGGGCACACAAAAGCUUAGUCACAGAUAUGGAUGGAUGAUAGAAAACAUAAUAGACUUCAGGUACAAUUUCUUCUGUUAUACUUUUGUAUUGUUUUUGUGUAAAGGUUGAAUCCGAAUAAUGUAAAAGGUUGAAUCCCAUCAAUCUAUGUUUCGACCUUUGUCCCUUGGUUAUUAAAGAAAAUGUUUUGUUGCUUAUUUAUUUGUCCAAUUCCGUGGAAAUUACCUUCAGUUUUCAUAUGAGUAGAUUGUUCUUCCUAAGCUUUAUCUAAAACAAUAUGACAUUCUUGUCCA